CACUUCUACUGGCAUUUCUACACAGGGGUGUCAAAUCCCAGCCCGGACGUGCCCCGUUUCACUGCUGUGGGCUACGUGGACGACCAGCAAAUUCUCCACUACGACAGCGAGACGCGGAGACAGGAGCUGUGCCGGGACUGGGUGCAGCGGGCCGUCGACCCAGGCUUCUGGGACGGAGAAACUGCACUCCUCUCCCUGUCCUGUGCCCCUUGGUGUCAGUAGUUUCGUAGGGUCGGAAGGGACCUGAGCAGAUCAUCAAGUCCGAGCCCCCGUUGUUAUGUCAGUCCCGGUAGUUCUUGGGGGAACAGGGACUCCCCCAUUGCCUGCUGGUCCCCCUUGCCCAGUUUAUAGACAGCCACCAGCCCCGUCCCCACCCCUGGGAACACCAUCCCCAUCCCCAUGUGCCCAGGGUGGCAAGCGCUGCAUCUCGGUCCUGCUGCUGGGUGAGACCCCAAUGCUGCUGUGGGACACGAUGCCCCUGUCCCUGCCCUGCUCAGGCCUCCCAGCUGGGCAGAGCCCACGGCGUGUCCGUACUCUGGCCACGUGUCUGAGAACCAGAGAUCAGCUGUAUGGGACCCCGUUCCUGCAGCCCCGAGCCCAGCACAGCCGUGUCUCCCAUCCCUGUGCUCAUGCCCUGGCGCCGUCUGCUCCUCCCUGAAGUGGCAGCUGGAGCCGACUUUGCAUGGCACAGUGCAGGGCACGCGUGGCCUCCUGGCAGGGGUCUCUGGCCCAAGGGUCGUGGAGGGGCUGUGGCUGUAACCGGUGUCUCCUCCCUCCCAGAGUGCCCCAUGGCACAGGUGAGCGACUGGCCUUCAAUACGGGAUGGACGCACCACCCUGUCCUGUCAGGUCCAUGGCUUCUACGCCAAGGAUGCGGCUGUCGUCUGGCUGCAGAACGGGGAGGCGCAGCCCCAGGAGACGAGCCGCUCGGGGGUCCUUCCCAGUGGAGAUGGGACCUACCAGACCUGGGCCACCAUAGAGAUCGACCCGAGCAGCAACCACAGCUACACCUGCAGCAUGGAGCACGUGAGCCUGGGUGCAGCCCUGAGAGUGGCCUGGGACAAGGGCAGGACGGAGUCCGACCCAGCGAUGAUUGUGGGCAUCGUUAUCGGUGCUGUGCUGGUCACUGCCAUGGCGGGUGCAGCGGUUUUCUUCCUCACUGAGCAGAGCCCGGUGGAGCGUGCACCUCGUCCUCGGGACCCUGCGGAGGAGGAGAGGGAGCAGCACAGCAUCGUGCUGCAGCCCAUUUCCAACUCAGAAGCACCUUUGUUUUUGCCUUGAAUUUGCCAGACAAAGCGCCUUGCUCCGGGACAGCAAGUAGCCCACGGGUGUUAUUUAAACCACUUGUGUCUGUGAGCUAGAAGCACUCAGCGCAGAGCAGCGCGUCAGUGCUGUAUUGCGGGAAGUGGCUGGGCAGUGGUUGUGACGGGUGGGAUUUGGGGCUGACUUGUAGCUGAGCGGCUACUUGCCGAUCCUGGGCCACAGUUUGGUAUCGUGUGUUGCCAACGGGAGGCAGAGCUGCGAUGCCCUCGGAGCUGAUUGUGAACGCUGCGGUGACCGGGCUGCACUGAGUCGGGCAGCGUGUGGGUCGUGCCCUCCAGCCCCCUUGCUCGCUCCGUCCCGGGGCUGAUUGUGCAGUACAGCUCCCAGCCCCGUCUGCGCUGACUGAGCUGCUGUUCAACUUCUCCCGUUGCUUUUUGGUGCCCUGGUUGGCCCAGGGCGCAGCGUGCCCGCUCCCCGUAGUCUGGGGCAUGGCUUGGAGAACAAAACCUCGGGGAAACGGGGGGCCUUCACCAUCCCCUGCCCGCAGGUCCCGGGACUCUGGCCGUGAUUCUGAUGAGCAGAGUCUUCUUCUCCAUCUUUUUUUUUCCCUGAGGAGAGCGUUAGCCCCAGGCAGGUUCGGGAGCUGUUCCUUGGGUCCUUCCAGCCCCACUUCCAGCUCAGGGGCGGGCGAUUAUUUCUGUUGGAGAACUGUUCUACUAGAAAUUUUCAAUUUGAUUAACGUUUAAUUUUAUUAUUACUUAUGUUGUGUACA